UAAAACGCAAGAAAAGGUCGAAUUACUGGCCAUUCGUUAGAAACGUUUCUUUAACUAAAGAGAUAGUGAUUUUGUAAAAAUGCCACCUAACAAUCGCACCCUUUCCGAUAAACCUACCCUCAAAAUAGCCAUCAUUGGACAGAGCAAAUUCGCCGUGGAUGUUAUGCAAACACUGGAGCAACAUGGACACACAAUCGUUGGAGUAUUUACAAUCACCGAUAAAGGGAAAAGGGAAGAUCCAUUAGCCAAAGCAGCCGCCGAACAAAACAUACCAGUGUUCAAAAUAAAAGCUUGGAGAAAAGCUGGCAAACCUUUACCGGAAAUUCUGGAUCAGUACAGAAGCGUCAAAGCCGACCUCAAUGUCUUACCAUAUUGUUCCCAAUUCAUUCCCAUGGAAGUCAUCAAUCACCCCCGAUUGAAAAGUAUUUGCUACCAUCCAUCAAUACUGCCCAAGCACAGAGGUGCUAGUGCUAUAAAUUGGACUCUAAUUUGCGGCGACAAAAAGGCUGGAUUAACAGUGUUUUGGGCCGAUGAUGGGUUAGAUACAGGUCCGAUUCUUCUUCAGGAAGAAUGCGACGUGGAAGAAAACGAUACUGUGGAUACUCUUUACAAGAGGUUCCUUUAUCCAGCCGGUGUGGUAGCUGUAGCCAGAGGAGUGGACAUGGUGGCCAACGAUACAGCCCCGAAAAUAGUACAAAGCGAAAAAGGGGCCACGUAUGAUCCCAUGUUGAACAAACCGGAGUUGCAGAAAAUUGAUUGGAGUAAAACGGCUUUGGAGCUUCACAAUUUCGUACGAGGUAUGGAUUCCGUUCCUGGGGCUAGUUGCAUGAUCAAAUUGCCGGGAUCGGAGGAUUAUAAGGAAGCAUUACUCUUCGGAUCGUCUUUAUGGAAGGAGCCAGUACCUAUCGGGAAGACUGUGGAAAUACAAGGCACAAAGCCUGGUAUCAUUCACGAUGAGGGUUUGUUGUUAGUUGGUUCCGACAAAGAAUAUGUAAAUAUCAAGCGAGUUAAAGUUAACGGUCGUAUGAAAAACGCUUCGACUCUCGAUCAAGUUUCCAAACAAGUAGACAUUGAAUUCACGCCGGAAGAAAAAAUCCUAAUCGAAUCGAUUAGACAGAUUUGGGAAGCAAUUUUAAACGUCGAUAUAGAGGAAAGCACGGAUUUCUUUGCUUGCGGUGCUGGAUCUAUGGACGUUGUCAGACUCGUGGAAGAAGUUAAGGAAAUUUCCAAGACCGAAUUAGAAAACGAAGACGUCUUUUUGGAACCAACAUUUUUGGAAUUCUGUCAAAACGUGAUACUCAAAUGCAGGGGUGGCAGUGGCAAGGCUAAUAUCGAGUACAGAGCCGUAGAAAUGGACAUCAACAAGAUGAAAAUAAGAUUUCCUUGUCAGUUGUUUAUUAACGGGGAAUUCGUAGACGCCGAAAAUGAAAAAACUACACCCACCAUCAAUCCUGCUACAGAGGAAGUCAUUUGCAAUGUUCAAUGCGCUUCGAAAAAUGAUGUCAAUAAGGCCGUAGCUGCAGCUAAAAAUGCUUUCCAAAACGGAGAAUGGAGUAAAAUCAGCGCUAGGGAUAGAGGCCUCUUGCUCUACAAACUGGCAGAUUUAAUGCAAGAACACAAAGAGGAACUGGCGACAAUUGAAUCAAUCGACUCGGGUGCAGUGUACACAUUGGCAUUGAAAACUCACGUUGGAAUGAGCAUAGAAACGUGGAGGUAUUUUGCCGGGUGGACAGACAAAAUAGAAGGAUCAACGAUACCUAUAUCACACGCGAGACCCAACAGAAAUCUAUCAUUCACAAAAAAAGAACCGAUUGGUGUUUGUGGAUUGGUAACUCCAUGGAAUUAUCCUUUGAUGAUGUUAUCGUGGAAAAUGGCUGCAUGUUUAGCAGCCGGGAAUACUGUAGUGAUCAAGCCCGCUCAAGUUUGUCCGUUAACAGCUCUAAAAUUCGCUGAACUUUCCGCUAAAGCGGGAUUCCCACCUGGAGUGAUUAACGUGGUAACCGGCUCUGGUUCAGUGGCUGGUCAAGCUAUUGCAGACCAUCCUGAUGUGAGAAAAUUGGGUUUCACAGGUAGCACAGAAAUCGGUCAAGUUAUAAUGAAAAGUUGCGCGGAUUCUAAUCUGAAAAAAGUGUCGUUGGAGCUCGGAGGAAAAUCUCCUUUGGUAAUAUUCUCGGAUUGUGAUUUAGAAAAGGCUGUGAGACUGGGAAUGCAAAGUGUAUUUUUCAACAAAGGCGAAAACUGCAUAGCAGCUGGUAGAAUUUUCGUCGAAGAUAGCAUUCACGAUGAAUACAUCAGGAGGGUGGUUCAAGAAACGAAGAAAAUCCAAAUCGGGGAUCCACUGAACAAAUCGACCUCGCACGGACCGCAAAAUCAUUUAGCGCAUAUUAAAAAAUUACUGGAAUAUAUUGAACAAGGCAUAAAAGAGGGAGCUAAACUCGAAUAUGGUGGCAAAAGGCUACAAAAACCUGGAUACUUCUUAGAACCCACUGUCAUUAGCAACGUUGAAGAUCACAUGUAUGUUGCUAAAGAAGAAUCAUUCGGCCCAAUUAUGCUUAUUAGUAGGUUUAGAAAUGGAGACUUGGAUGGCGUUCUUAAGAGAGCCAACGCCACAGAAUAUGGUCUUGCCUCAGGAGUAUUCACUAAAGACAUUUCAAAAGCUUUGAGAUUUGCUGAAAGUAUCGAGGCCGGUACAGUUUUUAUAAAUACAUACAAUAAGACGGAUGUUGCUGCUCCAUUUGGAGGUUUCAAACAAUCCGGAUUCGGUAAAGAUUUAGGUAAAGAAGCAUUAAAUGAAUACUUAAAAACCAAGUGUGUAACGAUAGAAUAUUAAGUCCUUAAAUAUGUUAAUUUUGAUUAUUUAAAUAUUUUUAACACGAUAAAACUAAUAGUAUUGUAAAUAUAAAUGUAUUUAGUUGUAUGUUUUUAAUAAUAAAUUAGUACAAA